UAAAACAUCAAAACCGUUUAGUGUUUAAACUACGAAAGAAAUGCGUUUAUUAAAUUUAUUUAAAUUGAUCGCAAUUUGUAGUUUAUAUAAUUUAGGAAAAGCGGCGAAUAUUUUAGGAGUGUUUCCAAUACCGAGUAAAAGUCAUGAUAUUUUGGGUAGCACGCUUUGUAAACAUUUAUCAAAUCUUGGACAUAACGUAACUUAUAUUUCACCGUUUCUUCAUGAAUCCCAAAAGGAUUUCCACCAUAUUUAUGUUAAAGAAAUUGAAACAAUCAGAGUAGAUCAUAUGAAACAAAUUACACAAGGUAAGGAUAGCACACUCGGAACGAUGCUUCGUUUAAUCAAAUUGAUAGAUAUUUCUGAUUUGAUUUUUAACAACCCCGAAGUUCAGCAAUUAAUCAAUUCAAAAUCAGUCCUAAAAUUUGAUUUAUUAAUACACUUUAUGGGAAUGGAUUCAACUUUGGCUUUAGCACACCAUUUUGACGUACCGAUAAUCAUAUUUUCACCAAUUGGUGGAUUUCCCCACAUAAAUAAUUUAGUUGUAAAUCCAACUCCUUUUUCUUACGUUCCAAACGCAUUAUUACCUUUUACCGAAAAUAUGAAUUUUAUGGAAAGAACCAUUAACACAGCGGUUACAUUAAUGUUUCCCCUUCACGAAGCUAUAAUGAAUUGGAUAUCGGAUAAAUCACUUGAAAAAUAUUUACCCGGCUCAUUACCAAUGCAAGAAAUUAAAAAACGGAUCGAGUUGGUUUUAGGAAAUACUCAUAUUAGCACGGAAAGUCCUCGACCUUACGUUCCAAAUAUGAUUCAAAUCGGCGGUUUUCAUUUACAUAAUCCAAAACCUGUCGAUGAAGCUUUAAAAAAUGUAUUAGAUGAAGCAAAAGAAGGAUUUAUUUAUUUUAGUUUCGGCACAAACGUAAACGUUAAAGAACUCGGCGAAAAUGUCAUGGAUAUUUUCAGGAAAGUUUUGGGAAAUUUGCCUUUAAAAAUCAUUAUGAAAUACGAAGAUGAUUUUAUGGAGAAUAAACCGGACAAUUUUUAUUUAGAAAAGUGGUUUCCACAACCUGCAGUUUUAGCUCAUCCAAACGCGAAAUUAUUUAUUACUCAUGGGGGUUAUGGCGGAUGUACAGAAAGUCUUUAUUAUGGUGUUCCAAUGGUGUGUAUUCCAUUUUUUGGAGAUCAAUUUAAAAAUUGUGCUGACGCCGAAAUAAAUGGCUAUUCGAUUACGGUUAAAUUAAAUGAAUUAAGUGAGAAAUCAUUUUCUGAGGGUUUAAAUAAAGUUCUUUACGAUGAACAAUUUCAAGAAGCUGUUAAAUUUAAAUCUGAAAUGUAUCGAGAUCAACCUAUGCAUCCAAUGGAUAAAGCUGUUUAUUGGAUCGAACAUGUUUUAAAGCACAAAGGAGCUAAACACUUAAAAAUUAAAGGAGCUGAUUUACCGUGGUAUCAAUAUUUAUUGGUUGAUGUAUUUUUGUUUCUUGGAUUUGUGAUAUUAAUUGCUUGCUUUAUUAGUAUAUGUAUCAUGAAAUUUCUUUUUAGAAAAUUAUUUGGUGCUAAAAAUAAAAUAAAAGUAAAUUAAAAAUAUCGUGACAAAUAGAAGCCUUUGUUUAUUGAGAAAUUAAAAAUUUGAUUAUGUAAAAAAAGACAUACAUAUUUUAUAAAAAUAUAGAUAAAAAAAAGAAUUUUUCAAUGUGAAGGUUUGUAAGAUUGUAGUUAAUAAGUUUUUGCAGUAUAUCUUGAAGUUAUUUGAACUAAACAAAAACUGAAACUGGAAAUGCAUGUUGAGUAGUGUUUCCUUCACUUGUCCUAGAUACAACAGGUGUUCUCAAUACGCGCUGGUCACAAUGACAUCUAGAUAGACAAAGCUAAAUGGUAUAAAAAAAGUAACUUUCUUUAAUUCAAAAGGCAGCAGAAUUGGUAUGUUGCUGCAUUAAUAGUAAUAACAGUAGUGAUGGCAGUACUCAAAGUAUAAGUCCGAUUGGUAGUUGGAGAUAAUCACUGUGUUCUAAUUUGCUUCCCUUACGAUGGUUUGUGUUUUACCACUGAAUAUCUAUCUGUAUGGUGGUAGCCGAACUACCUUUGCUUUCUUGACUGCCAAUUCUCUGUUCUCCAUUAAUGGUGGAGCCCAUUUAAAAACCAUGAUAGAACUAAGUUUUUUAUUGUGUUUAGUUUAAUAAAACUUCUCCUUAAAAUUAAGUAAAUCAAUGAAGUUUUCCAAGAUUUAGUUGCGCAACAAUAAAGUCUUUAGUCUCCUUUAUGUAAAUAUACUUUUAUUUCUUAUUAUUGUGAUUUUUCUUGUAUGUUUUGUUACAUUUUACAUUAUAAAAUUAAUUUUUAAAAAAAUUUUUGGGUCUAAACAUAAAAUUAAGGUCCGCUUUUACCACCUCUAGUUAAACUGGUCGUUAGUCUAACUAUAAGAUAACGUUUAUCUAUUAGUUAACUGCGAAACGACUUUUACCAUUUCGAUCUAACUAAUGGAUAGGCUAUCUAGUAGUUAACGUAAAAAUCUAGGGGAAUAUUAUAAUGACUGUUGGUGACCACGUGUAAAAGAGGUAUUACAGGUUUCUAUCUCCUUUGUCCGUCGGUAAUUCUCAUAAACCUGUCAGUUCUGUUAGUGGCAAUUAACGAUCACGAAAAAAUAAAAACAGCAAAUCAGACCGAAAAUCGUAUUCGGGGGGCAAAUUUUAAACCUGAAGAAAUAACACUUUUACUUGACUUGGUGGCGGAUCAUAAAAAUGUCCUCAAGAAUAAAAAUAGUCACGUUAGUACGUAGAAAAUAACGUUUGGGUUUUGCAAACAACAAGGAAAGGUAAAAGUACAAUCAAAAUACUAACUAACCUACUAUGUAUUUAUAAAAGAUUGAUCUGCUUUAUAUGGUGUAGUGUCCAAUAAAGCUGUCCAGGAUACCUAUAACAAGUUAUUAAA